AUGUGCAUUCAUGCAACUACUUUUGGUCAAGAUUUUAUUUCCAAGUCAAUCACAUUUAAGAACACAACAGGUCCACAAGGUGAGCAAGCCGUAGCACUUUAUGUCGCUGCUACUUUUGGUCAAGAUUUUCUGGCCAAGUCAAUCACAUUUGAGAACACAACUUGUCCAGAAGGAAAGCAAGCGGUAGCACUUUAUGUCGCUGGUGACCGAUCUACUUUUUUCGAUUGUGAAAUUCGAGGAUAUCAAGACACGUUAUGUGUAGAAAAAGGUCAGAAAUUUUACCACAAUUAUUCAAUCUCCGGAACGGUUGAUUUUAUCUUCGUCCAAACCAGUUCCACCUUGAUCCAGAAUUCAAUGAUAUUGGUGAGGAAGCCUGACCCAAGACAACAAAACAUCAUAGUUGCAAGUGGCCGAUACAACAACAAUCACACUGCUAGAAUAAUACUCCAAAACCGUGUCAUCAUGCCGGACAGAGAACUUAUACCAUAUCUAUUGACGGUAAGGACUUAUUUGGCAAGGCCAUGGGGAAAUUUUUCCAGAGCUGUUUUUAUAAACAAUAAUAUUGGCAACUUUAUACAACAGGAAUGGUUUUUACCUUGGAAUCCAACUGUUCCAUAUACUGAAAACUGUUAUUUUGCUGAGUUUAACAAUAAUGGACCUGGUGCUGAUGUUAGAGGAAGAGUGAAAUGGGUAGGAGGCCUAAUUACCAAAGACGAAGCCACUCAAUUCACAGCAGAACCAUGGCUUCAUGCUAAUGCUUGGUUACCUUCCACAGGAAUUCCUUACACUCCGGGAUUUCAGACUUAA